AUGGCAGAGCCUUCGCUGCCCCUCUCCUUCCUCUGCCUCCUCGCCUUGUCCUCCGCCUGCUACAUCCAGAACUGCCCCCGGGGCGGCAAGCGGGCCCUGACCGACACAGCCCUCCGACAGGCCCGCUGCGCCGCCCCCGCCAUCUGCUGCACCGCUGAAACCUGUGCGAUGGACGCCGGCUGCCUGGACGAGGGCAGCGGCGGGGCUCAGGAGGCGGCGGAGAAGAACCUGACGGUGCUGGACGGCUCGGCUGGAGAUCUGCUCCUCAAGCUGAUGCACUUGGCGAACCGGCAGCAGCAGGGCAAGCACCCCCUCCUCUGA